CAAUAUUUUACCGGCAGCAGCUCGCCUCCGCGCUGAUGGUGUGAGAGGCACCGGUCUGCAUUCCUUUCUAUCAGUUAUCUUUCAAUAUACCUAGGUAUGCUGGUUGGUGAUGCUUGUCGCAGCUAUCGAUACCACUGUUGCUUCGCUUCGUCACCGAGCUCCGGAAUGAGACGGUACCAGUGACUCGAAGUCAUUGGGAAAGUCCUUCAAAGCAGUUCCAACGCCCUUCAUUACGACUAUUACGACUAUCUCCCCUGUACAUUCUUUCACCUAGGCCAAAGCCAACUGAUUCCCAACGAAACCACGCGGACCCCGAAUCACUCUCUGAAACCUGGGCAACUUGACAGGAAAAAAGCGGAACUCUCGACCCUCUCUUGUUAUCGCUUAGUACCGUCAAAAUAAUCCACCACAGCCACAAUGCAGAUUCCAUCCAUCUCCGCGGCCAUCACCUAUGGCCUCGCCUUGUCGGGCCUCGCCCUCUCCGUGCCCACCAAAAUUGUCACGGAGCGCGGCUUCAAGACCCUCGACCCAAGAACCGACUGGAUGCUCAAGUGCAGCCACGGCAGCUGCUACUCGAUUGUAGCCUGCGACGUGUACGGUGCCGUCACCCACAACAACCCCAGCUGCUGGCAGAUGUGCUCUUGCGUUGCCACCAACGGCACCGUCACGCCGCCAGUGCGCCAUUAG